CUCUUUACAGACUGCUGCAGAUAAUUGAGGUUGAUACAUUGAUGAUUCCAGGAUGGCCAUACGUGUGAUUUUGUUACUAACACUUUUAACUGGGGUUAGCACCACUUAUUUGACAGCUGUCAGAAACAUUUUAACAGAAAAGGACAAACCACUGUACACUUGUGUUCCAAAGAAUCUUGCUCUUGGAGGCAUAGCUGUCCAGUCUUCCAGAUAUGAUGCAUUAACAGCUGCUCAAAAUGCUAACGACGGCAACAGGGAGUCAAUUUAUGCGCAUGGGUCAUGCAGCCAUACUAAAUACGACAGGAACCCCUGGUGGAGAGUUGACCUGUUGGACGUCUACAGGAUAACUAGGGUCAGCAUCACUAACCGUGGAGACUGUUGUGAAGAGAGGAUCGAGGGUAUUCAGAUCCGUAUCGGCAACAGCCUGGAGAAUAACGGCAACAAUAACAAGCUGGCAGCAACUGUUGGGCCCAUCCCACUUGGAGGCACACACACAUUUGCGUUUAAGCCUAUUGAGGGGCGAUACGUCAACCUUUUUAUUCCUGGACGCAGUGAAUACCUCACACUGUGUGAAGUUGAGGUGUUUGCAGAAAUGGACAAACCACUGUACAUUUGUGUUCCAAGGAAUAUUGCUCUUGGAGGCAUAGCUGCCCAGUCUUCCAGAUAUGAUGCAUUAACAGCUGCUCAAAAUGCUAUCGACGGCAACAGGGAGUCAUUUUACAAGCAUGGGUCAUGCAGCCAUACUAAACAGGACAGGAACCCCUGGUGGAGAGUUGACUUGUUGGACGUCUACAGGAUAACUAGGGUCAGCAUCACUAAUCGUGGAGACUGUUGUGAAGAGAGGAUCGAGGGUACUCAGAUCCGUAUCGGCAACAGCCUGGAGAAUAACGGCAACAAUAACAUGCUGGCAGCAACUGUUGGACCCAUCCCACCUGGAGGCACACACACAUUUGCGUUUAAGCCUAUUGAGGGGCGAUACGUCAACCUUUUUAUUCCUGGGCGCAGUGAAUACCUCACACUGUGUGAAGUUGAGGUAUAUGCAGAAAACGUGGAAUGAAAUGACGUUACACCACAGUCGACUGUUCUCCCCAAACUACUGUUUUCUAAGCAAUACUAAUAUUGCACUUUUUUCAUUGUUUUCAGUUUACUUACGUAAAAUAUCUAAAAUCCUAUCUUUGUUUAUCUUUGCUUUCAACAUGAAUAAAUUACUACAGCAUUGCA